AUGUCAGCCUCAAAAACCCAGCGGCCCUUCUUUCCCCCUCCCCCAAAUCGAAAUUUUCAGCGCCUCCCCACCCCCCAAAUCCUCAACUCCUACUCCUCCCUCCACCGCCUCCCCCUCCUCACCCUCUCCCUCCUCAACCUCACCCUCGACCCCUCCCCCCACUCUACUCCCUCUCCCUCCACGGCCUCCACCACCAAAAAGCAAUUUAGAAGCUCAAGAUCGCCGGGGAUCCAGCAAAACCUUCUUCCCCGUCGAAUCCCGUCACCAGCUCUCCGGCCUCCGCUGCCCUUCCCUCUCAAAAUCCGCGUCGUCGUCGUCGUCGGCCAUGGCGAGCUGCGGCUAUCACUCUCCUCAGUUCUCAAAGAAAUUGGUAUCAUUACCAAAACAUACAACAGAUGGACAAGCAAAGCAUUUUUUACAAGAGAUGAUGGUAAAUAUAGUGGUUUCCAUCUGUAUUUGUCCGGAGACGAGAAUUCCUUAGCUGGAAAUAUGAUGGGAAAUAUAGCUGGAAAGAUUCAGAGCUCGUCGCAUUUCGGAGAUAAGACUGAUAAAGGGUUGGAAGAACCUAGAGGAUCUGUCUUCUCAGAUGAUAGGUGUACUUUUGCCAACGCAAGCCUGGAUCAGUCUUCAGAAGGAUGGCUUGCCAAUUGCUUAUCCGAUAUUGAUACGCAUCGUAGUUCUGGUGAAAUGUCAGUACAAUUUCUAUAAC